UAAUUGAAGGAUUGCUAAUAUUUUCAAAGCAAAAAAAUUUUGAAAAAACAAAAAAUAAAGUCAUAAAUUUUCAACGUUUUUAAUUUAUUUGAAUGAACGUAAAAUAAACUGAAAAGAAACAUUUUAUAAUCUUCGGCUAAAGAACACUCAUUGAAAUAGGAAUUCUGAUAUUUUGAUUGCUUAAAAACAGUAUAAAAGACAAACAGUACUGUUUUUCUCCUUUCAACUACUUUCUUCAUUGAAGUUUCACAAAUUUGAGUGCAUUUAAUUAGUAAUUAUGUCGCAAUCCAAGUUAAAUGACUUAGCAGGGAAGUUCAAGUCUGGAGGUCCUCCUGGAUUAGGAAUAGGCUUAAAACUUCUCGCAGGUGUUGGACUUGCUGCAUAUGGUGCAUCUCAAUCAGUGUACACUGUUGAAGGUGGCCACCGUGCAAUUAUUUUUAGCCGCUUAACUGGUGUACAAGAUGACACUUAUUCCGAAGGUCUUCAUUUUCGCAUUCCUUGGUUCCAAUAUCCCAUCAUUUAUGAUAUCCGAUCACGACCAAGAAAAAUUUCGUCACCAACUGGAAGUAAAGAUCUCCAAAUGGUUAAUAUUUCAUUACGAGUACUUUCACGACCGAAUGCUUCACGUUUACCAUCAAUGUAUCGACAAUUAGGAUUAGAUUAUGAUGAAAAAGUUUUACCUUCGAUUUGCAAUGAAGUUCUUAAAAGUGUCGUUGCUAAGUUCAAUGCAUCACAAUUAAUCACUCAACGUCAGCAGGUUUCUUUAUUGAUUCGUCGUGAGCUUGUCGAACGUGCAGCUGAUUUCAACAUUAUCCUUGAUGAUGUUUCUUUGACUGAAUUAAGCUUUGGAAAAGAAUACACAGCAGCAGUCGAAAGCAAACAAGUUGCACAACAGGAAGCACAACGUGCCGCUUUCUUUGUUGAACGUGCUCGACAAGAACGUCAACAAAAAAUUGUUCAAGCUGAGGGUGAAGCUGAAGCAGCAAAAAAACUUGGUGAGGCCGUUGCUAUGAAUCCUGGUUACCUCAAACUCCGUAAGAUUCGUGCUGCACAAAGCAUUGCUCGUACUAUUGCCAGUUCCCAGAACAAAGUUUAUCUUAAUGCAAACAAUCUGAUGUUGAACAUUCAAGAUUCAUCAUUCGAGGAGAACUUGGAUAAAGUUGGUCCCAACAACAAAAGUAAGAAAUAGAAAGAAUUGAAAUUUAAAAUUUGCAUUAAACAUUGUUAGUCAUUUAUUUUGGAAGCUUUUAUAUGAGUCUUUCCAUUUUGCGAUAGGCGACAUACUUUUCAUAUCCUUAUUUCUCUUUUCAAAGAAUUUUCUUCCCGUAGUCGAUAAUUAAAAUGUUUGAAUGAGUCGAUUUCUUUUUUUUAAUCAUAGCUCGCACUAUGGGAAACUUGUCUGCUAAUAUUGAAUAAAAGUAAAAGAAAAAGUAAUAUGAAUCUUUAUUUAAUUGAUGGAUAAAUAAUUGUAAUUUGUUGAUUCCUUCUCCACAUCGUGUCU